AUGACUUUUAGUCUAAUGUUACCGGAGCCACCCGUUGAUGACCCUAUGGGUCGGGCCUUUUUUCGAUACGAGAAAUCGCUUGAUGGUGAAGAACGGAAAAAAUACCGGCGUACAGCAACGACUGCAGAGGACCUUGAACGUGAAGUGACAAUGCUACAAACCAGACACAAGAAGCUCAGCAAGACACUCAAAAUCGCCACAUGUAUUGAGCCACUUGUUUCAUUUUUACAAAGGCACAGCGAUUCGGUGGACACAUUUGUGCAAGCCAAUCCUUUCCCAGCUGCGCUGGUAUGGGGAAGUAUCAAGGUUCUCUUGAAUUUUGCCUCAUACCAUAUUCACUACUUUGAGAGUCUGGUGAGGAUGCUCCAGAAGUUGGGUGAUGACCUUGAAAUUUUUCGGGAAUAUGAGGAUAUCCUAAGAAAAUCUAUUCCCGUGCAAGAAACCCUAGCCAAUGUUUACCUCGAUAUCUUUGUCUUCCUUGGCAAGGCGAAAAGGGUCUUUCGAAAGAGAGGGUCUCUUCUCUUCGCUCGAACACUUUGGAAAUCAUUCGAAGGAGACUUCGGGAAUACAAUUGCCAGCUUCCAACGAAACAAAGAAAUUCUGAAAGAGAGAAUCGGUGUUCAAAGUACAAGAGAUUUAAAGAAUAUUAAGGAAGGAGUAGCUCAAAUACAGAGUACCCCUCGGCAAGUUACGCAAAACAUUACCAAUACUUACAACAAUAUGCAAUUAGUGACCAUCGAAGGCGGUCCGGGUGCACUAGAGGACUAUCGAAAAAAAGUCAUGGAUUGGGUGUCCAGCAGCGACCCAGGCGUAGACUUCACUCGAGAAUCUCAGCGUCGAGUCGAGUCAUCAGGACAAUGGCUCAUUAAACAUCAGAUCUAUCGAGACUGGCUUGCAUCCCCCAAAAACCGGCUUUUGAGAGUUAUAGGGCGCCCUGGAUCUGGCAAAACCGUCAUUAGCACCACAAUAAUCGAAAACCUACAAGCCCAACAUCCCAAAAUUCUAGCUCGACCAAACCAGAUACCGUCUUGUACCGCCUACUUCUACUGUUCAAAGUCGACCGAUCAAUCUCAAUCCACAGAGGUGAUUUUCAGUGGACUCAUCAAACAAAUCCUGUCGCGGUUCGAGCAACUACCGAAAUGCGUUAUCGAAUGUUACAAGAAAUCCUGCGGGGCAGGUAGAGCGUCGUUAUCCACCGCAGAUGAUCCAGAAGCCCUCAUCAAAGCUCUAGCCGAGGAGUUUGGUACCCUUUACAUCGUGGUUGAUGGCCUCGACGAAGUAUCCGAGCGCGAUACUACGGUAAAGGCAUUAGUAAAGCUUACCACGACGAUUCCUAAUAUCCAAACCGUCUUACUGAGCCGAGAAAUCUAUGAAAUGACAAGGGAGGAUAUGACUUCAUACCCCAUUAUCAAACUCGACGGGCUGAAUACCAGCGAAGACGUUAACAGAUUCAUCCAAAGCAAAUUAGAUGAUCUCAAGGCAGGGGAUUCGACCAAGGACUUCCCGCCAGAAGUCUUCACCCAGAUAUCACAGAAGGCAAACGGAAUGUUCUUGUGGGCCAGCCUUAUGAUGGAAUCAUUAAAGGGAGCCUACAGCGUCGAGAACGCACUUGAAAUAGUAUCUUCAACACCUGAGAAGCUCGAGGGAUUCUACGACCAAAUAAUGAUGCGGCUCAUUAACGGACUUGGAUCGAAUAAGCAAUCAAUGCUUAUAAUAGCGAGAAAAGUUAUAAUGUUCAUGUGUGCAGCCUCUCGUCCUCUUCGAUGGACUGAACUGUUGUGCAUGCUCAAUACGUCUGAAGAAGGUGUAAAAGCAGCUAACAUGUUCCAGUCAACAGUCUUAAACACCUGCAGCCCGCUCAUUGAGCAACAGCCAGGCACAGAUGUGAUAAGAUUCGUCCAUUUAUCCGUCCGGGAGUUUUUCUUGGACGCUAGCAAGGCUACGCAUCUGUUGAUCAACACUUCUGGAUUCCCUUUUCUAGAAGUCGAUGCCCACAUGGAUGUUGCUAAGAUCUGUCUGAACUACCUCCUUGAUGAACGCUCUGAUGAUAAGUGGCGUGAAAAAUUGGCAAAGGGAGCAGAAAUCCCCUCCCUUAAAGAGUACGCAUCUAAAUUCUGGGGAUCCCAUAUCAUCCGUUCGACAUAUGACGAAAACCUAUCUAGGAAGAUGCAUAUUUAUCUGUCAAAACAGUCAAGGCGUGUGGCUUGGAUUUCCAGUCAACUGUUUAGAGAAUCUUCAGGGUUUCCAUUACAGCAUCUCAUAAAAACACAGAAACAGUUACACGAAUGGGACGUCGGGGCAAAUUCUGCUAGCGAUAAAGUAAAGAAGGAGCGUCUGGAUUGGAUACAAGAUGUCGGACGAGUUUUGAUUGAUAUCGACUCAACCGAUGAAAAAUCUAAGGACCAGCUUUCAUCGGGAAAAUCCCGGAUUACAUAUUUCGAAAAGCUUAUGGUCAUCAGAGAUUUGUCCCGAGAAUACACAAUCCGCCAAAGACUCGACGAAGGUGAGAAGUGGAUGCAGGAAGCGCUUCAAAAGAGACGGGAUAAAUACGGAGAAGAACAUAUUUCUACCGUAUGGUUGUUGAACAGUCUUGGUAUAAUCUACGACCAGCAGCACAGAGUCGAGCUUUCCGCCAAAACACAUGAAAAAGCCCUAAAAAUACAAGAGAAAACAUGGGGAUCUAAGCACUUGGAGACUGUGUGGACAAUAAACGAACUCGGAAGGGUAUACCGACACCUGAAAAGAUACGACGAUGCAGUCAAUAUGCACCUCAAGGCGUUCGAAGUUCUCAAGGAACUUGAACCGGACAACCACUUACAACUUGCCUGGACGCUAAAUACUCUCGCACGAGCAUACCGCAAACAAGGGUCUACCGACAAAUCACUUGAAUGUCACAGGGAAGCUAUAGAUUACCAGAAGGUAUCACUCGGAGAGGAUCACCCGCAUGUUCUAUGGGCAAUAGCCGAUAUUGGUCGCUGCUACAGGGACAAAAAGGAACUUGAAAGAAGUGCUUACUAUCAUCGCAUAUGUCUCGAAGGGAGGAAAAGGGUGCUCGGAAUGGAUCAUGCGGAUACGCUCUGGGCAAUGAACGAUUUAGGGCUUGUGCUAUCCGAGGACGGACACACGGAGGAAGCAAGGAAGCUGCAUGAGGUAGCUUUGGAGGGACAGACAAGACUGCUUGGGGAGAACCACCCGCAUACUGUUUGGAGCAGAAAACAGAUCGAAAAUUUGGACACGGCAUGGGAAAAGGUGGAUGUUAAUGAUGUCGAGUGA